AUGAACUGCUUCUCUUGUUGCAAGCUGGUGAAGGAUGAUACUCCGAAAUUUCAAGUCAGAAAGACCGGCCGAAGGCCAUAUUCUAAUAGUGUUAGGGCAUUGGACUCCGUGUUUGCAACACUCUCCUUUAAGUCAGGUAGUAGCAGGUGCAGAUAUUUACGCAAUGAGAUACUCAAGGUCGGAAGUGCAAAACAAAUCGCUCGGCUUUUUACGUUGAAUGAGCUUGAUGCUGCAACUAAUGGCUUCAACCCUGCUUGUUUGCUUGGGGAAGGAGGAUUUGGGAAAGUGUACAAAGGGUACAUAGAUAGCACCAAACAGGUUGUGGCGGUUAAGAAACUCGACAGGAAAGGAUUGCAAGGAAAUAGAGAGUUCUGUGCUGAAGUUGUCAUGUUGAGUCUGGUUCGACACCCAAACCUUGUCAAUCUAGUAGGGUACUGCACCGAAGGAGAACACAGACUUUUGGUGUAUGAAUAUAUGUCCAAUGGAUCUUUGGAGAAUCACCUUCUAGACCCAAGUCCAAAUCAGCAGCCUCUUGAUUGGUACACUAGGAUGAGAAUAGCUGAAGGAGCAGCUAAAGGACUUGAGUACCUGCAUGAUGUUGCCAAACCGGCAGUGAUUUAUCGCGAUUUUAAAGCAUCAAACAUAUUGUUGGAUAACCAAUUCACUCCGAGACUGUCUGAUUUUGGACUUGCUAAGUUAGGUCCAACCGGAGACAAGUCCCAUGUGUCUACAAGGGUGAUGGGAACUUAUGGCUAUUGUGCACCAGAGUAUGCUUGCACAGGAAAGCUCACAAAAAUGUCUGAUGUCUACAGUUUUGGGGUUGUCUUUCUUGAGUUAAUCACAGGACGAAGAGCUUUCGAUGAUGAAAAACCAGAGGAAGAGCAGAUCCUAGUCAGUUGGGCACAACCGCUGUUGAGGGAUAGAAGCAAAUUUGCAUUAAUAGCUGAUCCGUUGCUUAAGGCGAACUAUCCGCUUAAGGGUUUGCAUCAAGCUCUUGCAAUUGCAGCAAUGUGUCUUAAUGAGGAAGCUGAUUGCCGACCUACCAUGUCUGAUGUUGUACUUGCUCUCGAGCAUUUAUCCAAGCCAAGAGAUGAAGUUGUCUUUGAUGAUGAAUCAAAACACAGCAGCCAUGGUCAGGUGACCAAUGUCCAAUCUCUAAAACGAAGGAGUUUUAAAGCAGAGCUAGAUCUAUAGCAUUGGCAUUCAGUAGGGUGCAAGCGGAAGAAGUUGCACUGCAGAUUCUAGCACAAUCCGGUUUUCAUUGCAUAGAGCGAAUCGUAUUGUUUGUAUUUUCUGUUACUAUUCUACACAUAUCUUGUCGAUUGACAGAAAUGAAUAUCUAGUUUGUAAUAUAGUUUGCUGUCAGUACAUUGGAUUGAGGUUAUAAACUUGGUAUU